GAAGAGGGGCACAUGCGGUCAACUUGGUCAUGGGGAGCUGGCAAAUGGCUUACUACCAAAGCCUGUAAAUUUCUUCGAAAGCUUUGUUAUAUCUUAUGUUUCUGCUGGCUGGAAUUAUUCGGGGUUUGUUUCAGAUUCAGGAGAACUUUUUACUUGUGGAGAUGGUUCAUUUGGGCAGCUGGGGCAUGGAGAUUAUCAGUCACAUUGCUCUCCUGUUAAAGUCCUAUUUUUUUUGUUCUAAGCAUGUUGAACAGGUCACCUGUGGGAUGCGUCAUUCGCUUUUAUUUUUGAAAGGGGAUUCAGAACAUCCAGUCUAUGGAUUUGGUUCAGGGAAACGUGGCCAACUUGGUUUCUCCAAGGACCGGAUCAGAACAUGCAGUCUUCCCCAAGCAAUUUUUGGAUUUGAAGAUGUCAAGAUUGUUAACAUUAGUGCAAAUGGAGAUCAUAGUGCAGCAUUAUCCGUUGAUGGGCAGCUCUAUACUUAGGGCAAAGGAUUCAGAGGCACCUUAGGUGC